GGGUCUCGUGGACGCGCGCAGCCCCUGUUUGUUUGUGUUGAGAGAUUGGAAAUGGCGGAGCAGAGCAGAGACCACAGCGACAACUUGGCUUUGCAAACGCGAGUGCGGCCGUCAUUGAAACGUUAAAAAAACAUAACAGAGCCGCGGUUACAUCUCGAAGUCACCGACGCUAUUUUGCCUCUACCGACGGGACACGAGAGGGACACGGCGGAUAAAAGAAGGAUAUUUGUCAGUGUAGUUGUGGAGAAGGAGGAAAGGCAGGCUUGGAUUGAGAGCUUAAGGUGGUUAGCACGGGGCUAAGCUAACAGUGCUAGUUAGCCUGUUAGCUUCUGUGGAAGUCGUGGUGGUGUUUUUUUUCUCCAAAAACCACGCAGGGUUUGUGUUUGUCAACACAAGCUGACGUUGAGAAUUUCGCUAACGGAGGCCGAGCUCGCGCACAACUUUUUGCGUACACGCAGAUCCGAGUUGAGCUGCGUGAAGUUGUAGUGCGGCGGAACCGUAAAUGUUAUCGACGUAGAGAGUGAAGAGUGUGGAUAAAAACGGAGAAGUCAAACGUUUGACUUCGUGUCUCGGCAGCAGUGAAGUUAGGCUGCUUAGCUCCUGCAGCCACUCCAGCUAACUGGCUAGUUUCUGACGCAAGGAACGAGGUUGGAAUUACGGGGCAAAGCGUCAAAGCUUCGGAUCGUUUUCUGCAACUCUGACGGACAAAUAAACACAGUGAGAGGCCGGUGGCCUUACCCAGCACCUGGGAUGGUGCCAUUUGACAGAGUGGCUGUGGAGCCAUAACCCCACCACUACUACAUCUCCAUCGUCUCGACUCUAGAGCCCACUGCACCAAGACUGCUGCCCUCCCAGAAGUUUUGCUCAGUGCCCUGGACAAGGCCACUACAGACAACACAUGACUCAUUCACUGGAGCCCUAGAUCAAGUCAGUUCAAGCUGAAAAAAUGAGUGCAGUAGGGGAAGGCCCGCUGGACCCUGCCACGCCAGAGUCACGCAAGAGGAAGGGCUCGCCAUGUGACACAUCGGUGCAAAGCUUGGAGAAGCGGCGACGGGAGCUGGAGUGCCGCUACAUCGAGGAGCUGGCCGAGCUGCUGUCGUCCAACAUGGGCGACAUCGCCAGCCUCAGCGCCAAGCCCGACAAGUGUCACAUCCUCAGGAGCACCGUGGACCAAAUCCAGCAGAUCAAACGGCGUGAGCAGGAGAAAGCAGCGCUCCUGUCUCCAGAUGAUGAGGUGCAGAAGAGCGACAUCUCCUCCAGUAGCCAGGGCCUGGUGGAGAAGGAGGCAUUGGGGCCCAUGCUGCUGGAGGCCCUCAACGGCUUCUUCUUCGCCGUGAACCGGGAGGGCCGCAUAGUCUUUGUUUCUGAGAACGUGACGAGUUACCUGGGAUACUCUCAAGAGGAGCUGAUGACCUCCAGCGUCUACAGCAUCCUCCACGUGGGAGACCACAACGAGUUUGUACGCAAUCUGCUCCCCAAGAGCCUCGUGAACGGCGGGCCGUGGUCGCAGGAAUCCAACCGGAGAAGUAGCCACACCUUCAACUGUCGCAUGCUGAAGAGGCCACCAGAUGAGGCGGACUCGGAGAACCAGGAGGCACGGCAGCAGUACGAGAUCAUGCAGUGUUUCACUGUGUCUCAGCCUCGGGCCUUGAAGGAAGAGGGCGACGACCUGCAGAGCUGCUUAAUAUGUAUCGCGUGUCGAAUACCUCGCUCCCCUCAGUCUGUUAACAGUGAGUCUUUCAUCACGAAGCAGGACCCUACAGGGAAGAUCAUCUCUAUAGAAACCAGUGCUUUGCGCGCGUCGGGCCGGCCAGGCUGGGAGGACCUGGUCAGGAAGUGCAUCUGUGCUUUCUUUCAGCCGCAGGGCAAAGAACCCUCCCACGCCAAGAAGCUGCUGCACGAGGUAAUGACCCACGGCAGCGCCGUCAGCCCGCUCUACCAUUUCUCAUUAAGUGAUGGCACGCAACACAGCGCUCAGACACGCUGCAAGUUCUUGUGUCCACCCAACCCUGACGUACAGCCUUUCAUUAUGGGCAUUCACACUAUUGACAGGGAACACAACACUGCUAGCUCUCAGGAAAACACUACACCCACGCUUGGCAGCCUUAGCCAAGUCCCCUCCCGCUCUCCUUCCCUUCCUCCCGGCAGCAACUCGUCCCAAGGUCCAGGCCUCACCUCCUCAGGCCUUCACAGCAACAACAGCAACGCCUCCACCCAAGGACUCAACCCAGCCACGCCCGCGGGCUACCUGACGCCCAGUCGGACAUGUCCCCAGCAGCAGGUCAACAGCCCCUCCCCUCUUAGCAGCCCACUCACAGCCACCCCUACCUCUUUUAUGUCGCCCAGGAUGCCACGGGCCAGCCCUGGGUUGGGGGGGAGUCCUCGUGUACCAGGAAACCCCUUCUCUCCCUCGACGCCAGGCCUCCAUUCCCCCACGGGGGGGCUGAGCAGCGGAGGCAGCCUCACUAGGCAGCACUCUGGUGGUGACAGUGGCAGCGCUGGAUCGACGGGGGCCUUCUCUCUGUCCUCUCCUGUUUCUCAGAGACGGGCCAGUACACCCACCAGUGCCUGCACCCGACCUCCCUCUGCCAAACAGGCAGAGUCGGGAGCAGACGGAGAGGACUCUCUUAAAGCCUCCUUGUCUUCUGCCUCACAACUGGGUACUCAAAUCAGACUCAAUCAGCUCCUGGACAGCAACGGGACAGCAGCUGAAUCUAACGGUAAAAACAACAACAACGGCAUCCACUGCACCACAUCACCUCAUCCAUCCAACCCCCAUCCUGGCCCACAGUGCCCCGCCUCCCACAGUACACUAACACAGCGGCACAAGAUCCUUCAUCGGCUGCUCCAGGACAGCAGUCCCAACGACUCGUCAUCCAACGUCGACGAAGGAGACCCCAAGAACGACGUGCAGGUCAAGAAGGAGCCGCCCACCAGUCCUGCAGUUGCCAUGGCGUCCAGAUCCAGCACCAGAGAGCCUCAAGACCACCAGUUACUGCGCUUUCUCCUGGACACAGAUGAGAAGGACUUGGGGGACCUGCCUCCUCCCUCCGCCCUUAGCUUGGAGACAGUUCGGGUGAAGGUGGAGAAAAGAGUCAGCAUUGACGGAGCUGCCUGCUCGGGCUCCUCCGCUGCAGCGGAUGGUGCGUCCAAACCUGCAGGAGUUUCCAGCGGCUCCGGCUGCAUCAGCCCCAAAGCCAGUCCUGUCGCAGAGAAGCGCAGAGACAGUCGCAAGGACAGCAGAGACUCCACGAUGUCUGUUGACAUGGACCCUCUCACCCAGCUGCUGCCUGGCCUCAGAGGCCCGAGUGGGGCCAAACAGAGCGCUGACGAGUCAACAGCCCCUGGUGGAGGCUCCCAGCUCCAGUCUCCCCAGACGCAACCCCCUACCCAGCUCCAGUCCCCCUUGUCUCAGUCCCAGUCCAUACCCCAUUUACAGUCACCGUCCCCCCAGCUCCACUCCCCGUCACCUCAACUCAAACUGCAGUCGCCCACCCAGCUCCACCCGAGCGAGGCCAGCACUCCCCGCAAUGCAACUGUGAAGAGAGAGCCUCCAGGCACCCCCAACAGAGGUCUCAGUGAUGGAGGACCUCCAUCCGGCUGUAGUCUCCAGAGUCAGACGUCCUUUGACUUCUGCAGUCCCCCUACUCCAGGACAGACCCAGGUCCAGGGACAAGGAGCAGGAGACCCCUUCCUGACCCCCAAAGACAGCAGCCCCUUUUCGGAGGCAGACAUCCUCAACCCAUUCAGCUCAAGCACUGGCCUGACGAAGAUGGACAUGGGAGAGAUCCAGCCUCUGGCUCUGUCUGACACCCUGUUGUUCGACAGUCUUGGAACUCCUUUACAGGCUCCUCUGGCUUCACCACAAGAGUUGAGGCGAUGCAAGAAAGCCCGGCUGGAGCAGCUGGUCUCCUUCCUCAGUGGGACGGACGAGAGCGAGCUGGCUAAGCUGGACAAGGCCCUGGGCAUCGACAAGCUGGUCCAGGGCGGCUGCUUUGACCCGAUGCCUCAAAACUUCCCAAACCAGCCACCCACUGCCACCCCGGUUCCCAUGGACCCCAAACUCCCUGCCUACCCUCCGCAGUUUACACCUGCUCCUCAGGCUCAGUUUCCUCCAGAGCUGGUGCCAGUAGGGCCACAGGGCCUGGGGUUCGGAGCCCCCCGAGCGGCUUUUCCCAUCGGGACGGGCAUAGGUCUGAGGCCGGGCAUGAAUCAACCACAGGGUGUAGGCACGCAGCUCAGACUGCCACCCAAUCAGCUGCGUCUACAGCUGCAGCAGAGGGUGCAGGGGCCGCAGCAGCUCCAGAACAGAAUGUCAGGCAUGAAUCAGUUUACUGCAGGAGCCCAGCACGUGAACAUGGGCGUUCGUCAGGGGGUCCAACAGCCUCAGAUUCCCACACAGCCUCCACUGAACGCCCAGAUGCUGGCCCAGCGUCAGAGGGAACUCUACAGCAUCCAGCACCGCCAGCGUCAGCUUUUCCAACAGAAGGUCAUGUUGAUGAGACAAAACAUGGCGGGGGCCCCAACCGGAGCCAUGGGUGCCGUCGGAACUGCGAGGGUCCCGAAGGGUCCAAUCACGACACCUCAACAGCAGCAGCCGCCGCAGAUGCCGCGUGAGCAGAUACUGAAGUCAGUGGAAAAUUCACUCAUGUUUGUCUUGGUUUUGUUUUUUCGCUGCAGUCUGUUUAGUCAGUCAGGACAGAGUGCAGGACAGGCGUUUGGCCAGCAGGGGGUGUACAACAACAUGAGCAUCACUGUCUCCAUGGCGGGAGGCUCAGGCAGCGUGGGCUCGUUACCUCCCAUGGGGCAGACGGUCAGCAUGAGCAACAAUAACCUCAACAAUGUGGGUGCGGUGUGCAGCGACCAGCAGGUGCAGCAGGUUCAAGUGUUUGCCGACGUCCAGUGCACGGUGAACCUGGUCGGCAGUGAGUCCUACUUGAACCAGGGUCCUAUUGGAUCGGCACCGUCCCAGAAGGGCCCCGUGCCGCAGGGCUCCCAGAACAACCAGGCCCAGCAGAAGAGCCUCCUCCAGCAGCUGCUGACCGAGUGACACCACCCCCCCGCCCCCACCCUCCAACAGCUCUCCUGCUCCUUCUUACUUCCCACGCCUCCUCCUCCUCCUUGUCCUCCUCUUUGGACAUCAGCGCUCCAGAUCCAUUGCUGUCUCUGUCUCACCUUUUGGACGAAGGGAUGGAUGUCAGGACGGCUGCAGAUUAGACUUGGGAGAGGUAUAGUUGUGGGUGGAGCCACACAGCUGAACCACUUCUGUGGGGAUGGAGGGGGGAGGGGAUUCAGAGCUGGAUUAAGUUGAACAGCCUGCAAACUGUUAAGGAAAAAGAAAAAGACUUAAGUCAGAAGGAGCAGCAGUGUAUGUGUUUUUUAUUUUGUUUUUUUGUUUUUUAAACCUGCCUGUCUAAUCUGUCUGACAACCUGUCUGUCUGCCUCAGCCUAUUCAAAGGCAGCGUUGUCUUUGCUGCUCAUUCCUCGGUGACCUACUUCCUGCUUCCUGACCCAAGAGUAAAAAAAAAAAACAAACAAACAAACUACAGCGACACCAUCGUAAGAUUUGCCAAGUUGUCGUCACUGUCAAAUCAGGGCCGGCCUCUCUUAUGGUUUUUCUCUCCUUUCUGGUUUUUCUGUUUUUGUUUUACUCUUGUCCUGAUCAGAUGGUUUCUGUCAGCAGCAGCAGCAGCAGCAUUUGAGAGCUGGGGCAGCAGCGUGCAGCUGCUGCUCAGCAGUUUGUUUGUUUUGUUUCCGAUUUAUAUCUUUAAAUUUCUUUCUGUUUUUGGAUCCUUUUUUUUUUCUUCUACCUGUCUCUCAGCGAUGUGGGAAUGUUUAAAGGUUUCAGACCUCUGCGGCAUUGUGGGAUAGAAGCUCAGUACCAGCUGGUUCUGUGACUGUCUCUCUCUAUCAGCAACAGUGCCUGGUGGAAGUUGGAGGGUUUUUUUUUUUCUACAAAUGGGGAAAAAAAACUCUGCUUCUUCUUCUUCUUCUACUACUACUACUUCAACUUGGACUUUUAUGAAAUCCUUUUUUUUAAUUAUUUUUACUCUGAUUUUUGGUUCAUUUCUUUUAUGUUAAUGAAACAGAAACUUCUGCUCUCACCAUCAUCAUCAUCGUCAUCUUCAUCAUCUUUGGGAUCAUCUGAACAAGCUUUGACAACAGCUGGAAUUGGACAGGGCUGGAUGGAUGGACGAACAAACCAACGGAUGGAUAGAUGAAUGGAUGGAUGGAUGGGAGACAGAUCGGAUGCUGCUCAGUUUUUGGAACUUAUGUGUCUUUCUCCCCCUUCAGGGAGGAGGGUGUUUUUUUAAUUAUUUUUAUUAUUUUCAAAGUUAUAAGGUAAGAAAAAGGACUGUUAUAAUUAUUUAACUGUCUGUCCGUCACAUUUUUACCCCACUCCCCCCCCUCACCUCCGCAGCUGUGAAUACUGAGCCCCGUCAGGCUCGUCCUCUCUUCUCCUCUUUCCUCUCUGUGUUCCUUUGGUUCUUUCUCCUCUCAGCCUAUCAGUGUUGUUUUCCACGUGCACCAAGCAGGCGGGUAGUAUUGUACAGUAUAGAAGGACAAAGACUUUUGGGGGAGACGGGGGUGAGCUCACUCUCCUUUCUUGGAACUGCUUUCCUGUUGUAUUUUUUUUUUUAUAAAAGAAAAAAAGAGAGAGAAAAGUGUAAUUAACUCUGAACGGCAAAACUAUGUAUAAUGUGAUUGAUCCAGGUUUUUUUUUUUUCUUUUUUCAACACAACAGAUCUUUCAACGACAGCUCGUCUUUUUGUAAAAUGAUUCUUUUGGCAUCAGGAUAUUGUCAGGUUGCUCAUGUUGCAGUGGGGGGAGGGGGGUGAAGGAGGAAGUGUGUUUUUCCCAUUUUGGCAAAUGUGAAAAAGGAUAGAAAAAUUUAAAGCAAUUUUAAAGCAGAUUUUAAAUAUAGCUCUAGCUCUCUGGCUCUUUCUCUUUAGCACCCCCUUGCGUUCCAGUAAAGUAGCGACAUUUUCUCCGGUGUGAAGGGGUUUGCUUUCGCUUUCUUUCACCAGGAAGCUAGUUAGCCAUCGUUUUAUUUUGUUUCUUCUUCUUUUUUUUUAAUCAUGUAUGUACAAAAAGAACUUUUACAGACAGUACACAUGUUUGUAACCAUUGUAUAAAAAAGUAUAAUAAUAUUGAUGAUAAUACCCCAGAGGUGCGGCGUUGGCUGCGCUCAUGGACAGUCGUGGCAGUGAACGCCUCACCUCUCCUGAGUAUUGUUCCUACGUAAUGACAUUUACCUAGAAGCUUUAGUGGUAGAAGAUCCUAACAGAAAUGUGACGGACGAUUAAUUCAACAAAGAGAUCAGACACAGGAGGGGGGCGGAGUCACAGAAAGAACGUUUUUGUUUUCUUUUAAGGAUUAGAGUUGUUUUUUUGUUUUGUUUUUCUUUCUCCUCACCCCCUGAGAAUGUGUAUUUCCACACUUGUAUGGUCUGUUUUAUUUGGGAUUAUUUGUCUUUUUUUUAUUUUAUUGUUAUUUAACCCUCAUUUCUGGUUUCCUGGCCAAGACUUCACUCCACUGGUUACACACACACACACACACACAGAGGUUCAUCAAGUUUUCUGCCUCCUACUGUUGACGACUCAGUCGGACACUGUCUCUCUCUCUCUCUCCCUCUCUCUCGUGAUAACAGUGAAGUUCCACACAUUGAGUGUGUGCUGACCAACAGUCCACCUCCAGCUGAGACGCUGCAUCUGUGUCACAGGUCAACUCAACGUCAGACGCAGUUUUAAAUUCAUACAUUGAUGAAAAUGUCCAACAGAGUUCAACAGCAGUUGUUCCGUCAGGGAACGUACAGUGACUGGGUGGUGACCCUUAUGUUAGCAGUAGGUGAACUGGUGUCCACAGAAGACACCUGUUGUGGAGAUGUGGGUGAUGAGUUCCACCGGUCUGACCAACAUUAACCUACGGCCAGACCUUUUUUAUAGGGAAGAGAUUUCAUUUCCAAAGUUAUUGGAAAGUUUAUCUGGCAAAUACUUUUUCCCACUCCAGGACUGGAGUCUUUUUAAACCUCUGUUUAAGGUUAAAAAAAAAAAAGUGUCCUCGGUAUACCACCAGAGGGCGUCCAAGUGCCACACGUGGUUGUAGGUCCACUGACUUACAUUAAUACUCUUUGUUUCAAUACACCUCACUGUUUUUGACUAACAUGAGUUCUUCCGUCUUUUUGAAUAGUUUACGUUUCAGUCUAGUUCCAGAAGUACUUCGGAAGUACUUUAGAAAUACUCCAUCAGCAGGGAGGAGUGUCUGAGCUUAAAGUGUUGUCGCCAUCACUCACCAAAUCAAAGUUAAUGAUUCUCUCUUUGGUCUUUAAGACUUCAACGGUUCUGAGCCUCGUAGAUGAUUGUCAACGUCAGGUUCAGAAAUCUGAAAAACUCAACUGUCCUCAUGUGGACGUCAACACCUGAAGCUGAAGCUGCUUCAUCGGUGGGAGAAAAUAAGGCACGUAGGCCCGUGUGGGGGCAAAAGGUUGGCCAUGACGGUCGCUUGGUGUCAGCCUGUUUUAAGUCCUGGUUCAUGGACUCAAACCUGACCUUUGUGUUUAGUAGUGUCACCAGCACAGAGUCACACGUUACCUUGAGGAAACUAAACUGUUGGGAACAAAAAAAAAAACUCUUCCUCUGUUUGUUAUUUUUUGCGUCAGUGUUUAGGUGAAAUGUUGGUCAUCACUCCCUCUAGGUGGACGACACAGUCUGAUGCUGCUUCAGUGGAUUCAUGGCUCCUCCGCCUUUUCUUGUUCACCACUCACUUCACCAUAUGCAACAUUCAGGUCAACAUUCCAACCUACUGCCCCUUGCCGACCCCCCCCUUCUUCUUCCCCAAACUUCCCAACCACCAGCUCCUCUGUUGGUGUAUCAUGUAUUGAACACUCUGUCCUACAGUGACGUCACGUUGACCAAACAGGUGCUCCUCAGCGAUCCUCGUGUAACAUCACACAGAAAACUGUUUAAAAUCAACACCUCAUACUCAGAAGUCCCACAGUGGGAGUACUGCUGCUGUCCCCGGUUCCUAGUACUGAUCCCAGUGGUGCAGAAACACCUUGAGGACGAACCCCGGAGGAAGUUGAUUCUGAGUUGACCUCAGACCUGCCCGCUUGGUUAACAAGGUCAGGUUGUGGUCCGGCUCAGUUUUUUUUUUUUUUGUUUGUUUGUUUUUUAUGUGGGGUUCUGGCGAUGCCGCGUCCAGCAGAUGGCGCCCUAGGCAGCUGCCUACGUGGCCUACAGCAGGAACAGGCUCAGCCUGUUUCCUUAGCAGCACUUAACAGAACUAAAUCUGAAGCACUUCAGACUCGGAGUCGGUUCCUCACACUUCCCUACGGAACGUUCUGGAACGCUGUUUGGUCCACGUGAGCACACAGCUGCACAACAUGUAAAAGAAUGUAUUUUUGGAGUUUCCUGAUGCAACUUCUUCACUUUGUCUUUACACACACACACACUCACACACACACACACUCUUCUGCGUGGAAUAGGCAUUCCUAUGGAACUGGUUUCCCUCUGUUCAUCAACUGUCAUUGACUUUAUCCUGCAACGACCACAACAACGACGACGACAACAACAACAACAUGCCAAAAACGACUUGUGCAUUCACUUUAUCAUGUACUUUCUUUUCUUUCUUUUUUUAUUCAAAUUUUUACUUUUUUAUGCAACAGCAGUUCAACGGAAGCAGCAGUCCCUCAGUACAUGUACCAGGUACAAGGUUGAGUUAUUUUACUAGCGUUGGUGUUAACGUAUGUUGUAUAUAACAGAGAAAUGUGAAUAUGUAUUUGUUCAGAAUCAACAGAGGAAAAAAAAAACCUAGUGCUCCGAGUUUGUGGUAAAUAACUACUCGCCUCCGUCUUUGUUUUUAUUUUAUGAUUUAUUUUUUAUUUUCUACUAUUUUUUCAUCUUUCUGGUGAUGUUUGUUUGUAUGUAUGUAUGUACAUGACUAUCAGUGAGUGCGUUUGUAUGCGUGUAAGUGAUUAAUACUGUAUAUCUGGUGUUCUCUAUGAUGGAAACGAUUCUUCUUCUCCUUUUUUUUUUUUUUCCUUUUUUUUUCCUUUCUCUUUUUUUCCCCAACCCUGCACAGUACCUGUGGGUGUUUCAGAGAAAAAAGAAAAAAAAACUUUUUUGCCAGAGAAUGGUUUUAGCGACUGCUGAAUGUGAUUUUACUGAGAGAGGAGAAGAAGCAGUGUGGACUGGCUUUUUGUACGGGUUAAUUUAAACAAAAAAAAGGCCAUAUUAUUUAAUUUUUUUUUCUCUGUUGUCAAAAGUUUAAGCAGAUCUGGGAGAGUGGAGCCUUGGUUUUGUGGCGAGGCAUUGCCUGCUGGUUCUUGUGGUCAUGAGUGGGAUUGUUUUUUGGUUGUUGUUUUUUUUUUGUCCUUUCUAAUUGUCUGACUGAUGUAGCCUCUCCUCCUCCUCCUCCUCCUCUUCUUCUUCCGUUUUUUUAUUUUACAUCUGUCACCAGUAAUGACCAAAGCUUCAGGAUGUUUUGACAAAUACCAUAUGCAAACCUCAUCAUCACUGGACACCACGUGACAUCACAGACAUUUAGCGAGCAUUGGAUCUCCUGCUUCCUCCUCUCUCUCUCUCUCUCGCUCUCUCUCUCUCUCUCUCUCUCUCUGGUUUACUCGCUUCUCUUGCCUCCCUCACUUUGUUACUCCUCACCUUUUUAUUAUCUGUCAGUCUCAACCGUCUGAGACAGACAUCUCUCCAGCGCCGCCCCUGUGGUCCUUUGCGUCCCUGAAGUGCUCACACCUUGUUUACAGAAAGCAAGAAAACAUUGACUGCUAGCUAUGCACCUUAACCCUUGACCCCAGUAUUUCCUCCAGGUCCAGGUAGAAACCACACUGCUGUCAUUGAAACCUAGAGAUGAAGUUGUUUUUUUUUUUUGUUUGUUUUUUUUUCGAAAUUCACACCAAAAUCACCGAGAUCCUGACGUUCAAGGAGAAUUCUUUUCUUUUUCUUCUUUAGUGAGUUUAGAGUAGGACGCUUUUAAUUUGUACUGAUAAAAAGGAAGACUUUUCUCAGCUUCCAAUCUCAUCCUUUGAUCAAUUACAGUCUAAAAACACCUUUUAUUUCCCAUGAAUACUUUAUACCAAACUUGAGGUGCCUACUGUAUAUACUUUACUGCAGUAAAGGUGUGAUCCUUUGCUGUUUAACAGUAAUAACCUUGUUAACCAGGGUUUUUUUUAAUUAAAGAUAAAAAAACACAUUUUUUCAACUUUUUAAGAAAAACAAUUACUG